AUGGAGUCGCUUCUUAAAUACCUCAAAGAACAUGUAACAUGUUCGAUUUGUUUGGAUACUUACACCAAACCCAAGACCAUUGCUUGUCUUCAUACGUUCUGCUGUGAAUGCCUGGAGAGACAUGCACUAACGAGCCAAAAAGGAGGGUUUUACCGAUGCCCCGAGUGUCAGGCACAAAUUCGUAUCCCCGAAGGAAAGCGUUUUGAUAAUCUGCCAAGCAGUUUUCUACACAACAGUUUGUUGAGUCUUCUUGCCGUGCGACGCAGUGGCGAAGGAAAUGAGAUCAGCUGUAGUACAUGCCAGAAAAAGAGCGCUGAGGUCAACUACUGCUUGGAAUGUGAGAAGUUUAUGUGCCUCGACUGUGCGAAAGCACACGAAGUGUUUCGAGAUACUUUGUUUGAGGGACACAAAGUCACCCCAGUGCGACAGUUUAAAGACGCAGACUACGAAGCGUUGUUGAAACGGCAGUCAUUUUGCUCGGUGAAGUAUCACGAGAGAGAGAUCACUAAGUUUUAUUGCGUGGGCUGUCAAAGCUGUGCUUGUCAAGCAGCGGAUGAUGAAAAAGCAAACAUUAUUCUCCGAGCCGAGCUUGUUGAGCAGAAGAAAGGAGUCUGCCGAGAUGUUAUUCGUGAGUUCGAGAAGACGGAGCAUGAGUUGGAAGCGAACAUUACCACCGCUAAACGCAAAGUUACCCAAGCAGUCGAACAGAUGAUGACAAAGCUCAAAGAACUGGAGCAUGAAGCCGUUACUGCCCUUGAGAAGGCUCGUGUGUCGAGGAUUGAGAAAUUGAAUUCUGGGAAAGCAUCGGUUGUCUCUAUUGAAAAGCAGCUUGACCAAGCAUUGGAGUUCAGUAACAACCUGGUUGAAAGAAGCUCAAGUUCAGUCGUAAUGCAAAACAAGAAGAAUGUGGAAGAGCGAAUCGAAGACCUCAUGAAGACCACAAUGCCAGUACUUCCGGUUAACUCGUUUGUAGAGUUUGUGUCGACAUGUGAACCAGAGAGUUUGAGUUUGGGAUUUACGAAGUUCAGCAAAACAGAUGUACAGGGAUCGACCGUGGAAGGACUGGUUAAGAAUUUCCGAUUUGGUGUAGAAACAGAGCUUCUAAUUCGUCCUAAAACAAGCGAAGGAGAAAUCAGAAACACUCGACACACAGAUCGUAUCGAAGUACACAUUGAGCCUGCGGAUCAGGUGACAAGUUUGGUGACAAGUGAAAGAGAAGACGGAGGGUUUCAGACAAAGUUUGUGGCGAAAGUACCAGGUACUUAUGAAAUGGAAUUAAAGAUAAAUGAACAGAAACUUGCCAAGAGUCCGUUUUCUAUUUUCCUCAAAUCACGAGAGUUUGACGUUAUAGGAAAGUUGGACUCUCAUGGAGAAAUGCUCCAGGGUCCAGCUGGCAUUGCAGUGAACAGUAAAGGAGUUACUGCUGUGGCUGUUGUUGAUGGACAUUGUAUCAUGGUAUUUGACGACACAGGAAAAUUUGUACUAACACUUGGUGUUUAUGGAGACAAGGUCGGACAAUUUGACAAUCCCACUGACGUCACAUUCGUAAAUGAUGACGAGAUCCUGGUGGCAGAUGAAUGUAAUCACCGAAUACAGCGGUUUAAUAUACAGACAGGGAAAUGUGUGGAAAGCUUUGGAAAAGAGGGAAGUGGAGACGGAAAAUUAAAGUUUCCCACUGGUGUUUGCAUUACUAGCGAUGGACGUUUUAUCGUGGUAGUGGAUGAUGGUAACAGUAGAAUUCAGGUGUUUACAAUGGAUGGUCAACCUGUGUUGAAGUUUGGAGACGGCGGCCCAGAAAGGCUGGAUCAACCACUUGGCUGCGUUUGUUACGAGGACAAGUUCAUUGUGACUGACAGAAAAAAUGACUGUGUGAAAGUGUUUGAUGAGGAAGGACAAUUUUUGUACAAGUUUGGAGAAAAAGGAAACGGUGAUGGACAAUUGGCUCAGCCGUAUGGCUUAUGUACUGACAAGGAUGGCAACGUGUUAGUAUGUGACAUGUUGAAUAAUCGCAUUCAAAUGUUUUCACUGGAAGGAAAAUUCAUUCGGAAGACAAGUACUGAUCUUAAAAUACAAUUUCCUUGGGGUGUUACCACAACGCCAGAUGGACAAAUUUUGGUCACAGACUACAACGGAUUAGAAGUGUAUACUCUAAAAUGA